GGCGGCGGGCGGCGGGUGCGGGCGCUGCCGGCCGGCGGUGCCGCCAUGGCGGGGGCGCUGGGCCGCAAGGCCGCGGAGUACCUGCGCAGCAAGGAGUUCCGCGACUACCUGAUGAGCACUCACUUUUGGGGGCCAGUAGCCAAUUGGGGACUUCCUGUUGCUGCUAUUAAUGACAUGAAGAAAUCUCCAGAAAUCAUCAGUGGCCGAAUGACAUUUGCACUGUGUUGUUACUCCUUGACUUUCAUGAGAUUUGCCUACAAAGUGCAGCCAAGGAACUGGCUUCUCUUUGCAUGCCACUUGACUAAUGAAGUUGCACAACUUAUUCAAGGAGGACGACUGAUCAAAUACAGGAUGGAGAAAAAGAACUAAAUAUCUCACUUGAAAUAAGCCAGGGAAUAUGCUCAUCCUGAAUUACAACCAAGGAAGAUGUGCCAUCUACAGUUGCUGUGACAAUUACAAUGGGGAUAAAACCAAAACACCUGUUGUGAAUGACCCCACCAAGGAUCCUUCUAUUAAUUUUUCAGCUUGCCUUUUAAAAAAAGUACUACACAGCAAUGGGAACCAUUGCAUUUAAUGUGUUGCUGCCGUACAGGUCCUUAACUACCCUUCUAGUAAAGCGUUAGUCACCUAAAUAACCAACAAUAUUUAAAACCAACUUUAAGUCUGCAAAAAUAAAUGGCCCAUGAUGGUUUGACAACUUGUUUUCAAAUUACUAUGAACAGAGGUCAGUACAACAGAACUGUAGGUGGUAUUGUUCUAUGUAAACAUAUUCUUAAAAGCCAUUUAACUUAGGUGCGUUCAUUCCUAUUCUCUUUUUUUAAACUUAAGCAAUGGCUUGCUAAUCUACAAGAACAAAUGGGUAGACAGGCAGCCUGGAAACGACCAGCUUUCCCUCUUCCUUUAUUGCAUGCCUUGUCUCAGUAGAGACAUCAGUAACACAAUUUUUAAGUCGCACAUUAUUUAAUGAAGAUGUGGAAAAGCAAAAGCAUAGCACUGAAUGAAGGAAAGAAACAAAGUCUGAUACUACUUAUCAAGAAGUUCUAAAUGGAUUUUUUUUCCUAUUGUUUGAGUUGUUCUAGAUGUAUGUAAUCCUUGUUCAGGCAAAAACUUAACUUGUUUGGAUUCCAAGAUCUGAAGGACACAAGGUGCCUUUCAGUAGUUUUUUGAUGUCAUUGGAAGAGUGAUUUUUUCAUGCAUGACUUGCCUGAAUGUUACAUUGAUGCUAAAGUUAUAGAUGACAAAGAAUGUACAUGAUGGAUUUUAUCUUGAUGCAGUUUUUGAACAAUAAAACAUAUUCCAAAUGGCAAUAAA